CUUAGGUAACGCUGUCUGGAUGCAAAAGCUUAGUCAAUUCCAGUUUCCUUAUAAAUUACAAACUGAAGACUAACAUAGAUCUUUCUGUUUGAAGUUCGUUCGAAGUAGAAUUAGUAGGAAAUAACAAAAAUGAUCGUAAACAAGUUUUAGGUGAAUGAAAUGUUAGAUGUUCAAUCUGCUAGUCAAAUAAUUACAUAGCAGUUCAAGGUCUUCUAUUCUAACACAGAUGCAUCGGCUGGUAGCGGUGAAAUAAUUUUAGACGUUUCAGUAUAAGUUUCGAUAAACAAAUUGGUGUGAAGAUGCGCCAGUUCACAGUGUUAUUCGUAUGUUUUUUCGCAUCAUGCUAUUUAGGUGUAGAAAGUGCGAAAAUACUGGGCGUUUUCCCUUUUCCUUCAAAGAGUCACUAUACCAUGGGUAACGUUCUUCUGAAGGAGAUGGCCAAGAGAGGACAUGAAGUUACUAUGAUUGGUUACUACGAGGAAAAACAUUUGCCGCAAAAUGUUUCUUAUAGAAAUAUAAAGGUAGAGUUGCAAAUGAAUGAAGGAGACAAAAAAGUUAAUUUCUUCGACCAAGGAAUGGCCAAUGCCUACUUGAUAACUUUCUUCCUGAACUAUGCUGGAGGCAAAAUGACAAACCAAACAUUCAACAUACCAGCUGUUAGGAAAUUGCUUGAAUCUGGAGAAAAGUUUGAUGCUGUCAUAAUGGACCAGUUUAUAGAUGAUAGUUUCGCUUACUUCGCCCAUCAUUUUAGUGCCAAUCACAUCCUUCUAUCUACUACCUCUGCCAAUUCUUGGGUGAAUCCCCUGGUUGGCAAUCCUGCUCCUCCUUCUGUGAACGCAGAGGUGUUAUUGGAGUUUUCGUCAUAUAUGACUUUCUGGGAAAGAUUAAGAAACACCAUGUUCUACCUCUUCAGCGAAUUGAAUAGACAGCUUUACUUCUUUCCUAAACAGAACGAAGUCAUCAAGAAGAACUUCCCGAAUGCCAGACCCUUGUAUGAUUACCUUUAUAAUGUGUCUCUUGUACUGGUGAAUGCCCAUGAGAGUUUCAACGAUCCUCUAGCUCUUGUACCUGUCAUGAAAAACGUUGGAGGCAUGCAUGUUUCACCUAGUGGAAAAUUGCCAAGCGAUCUUCAGAAAUUUAUGGAUGAUGCCAAAGAAGGAGUCAUUUAUUUCAGUAUGGGCUCUAAUUUGAAGAGUAAGAAUUUGCCUGUCAAAAUAAGAGAGUCCAUAUUGAGAGUUUUUGCUAAGCUGAAGGUAAAAAUUUUAUGGAAAUGGGAAGAUGAAACCUUACCAGGUCAACCUGCUAAUGUAAAACUAAGUAAAUGGUUCCCACAACAAGAAAUUCUAGCACAUCCAAAUUUGAAACUUUUCAUCACCCACGGAGGUUUGUUGAGUACCAUAGAAGCUGUCCAUUAUGGUGUUCCUCUGAUAGCUCUUCCAGUUUACGGUGAUCAAAAACUUAACGCUGCUACCGCACAACAAAAAGGAUACGCCAUCAAUAUUCCAUUUGCUGAAUUCGAAGAAGCAAGGUUUGAAAUGGCCUUGAAAGAAAUGCUAAGGAAUCCAAAGUACAAACAAAAUGCAGAACAAAGAUCCAAACUAUUCCAUGAUCGUCCUAUGAAACCAAUGGAUGAAGCAAUAUACUGGGUGGAGUAUGUGAUAAGGCAUCAUGGAGCGCAACACCUUAGAGUAGCAGCUUUGGAAUUAAGCUGGUAUCAGUAUAUUCUUCUAGAUGUUGUAGGAUUUUUCUUAGCUGUAGUUAUUGCUGUAUUAUACAUUUUGAAGAUGAUUUUCGGAAAACUUUGUUGCAGAAAGAGUAAAACGGUUAAGUCUAAAACACACUAGUAAUAAUAGAAUAAUAAAAAUUUGAGUAUUAUUGUUAUUCAGCCUUCAUGUGAUAUUAAUUGUAUCAAUAGGUUUUUGAUAUUUAAAAUAAAGCUGGUGUUUAUUUUUCA